GAACGCGUGUUCCUUGCUGUUGAGUCUAGAAUUCGGACGACAGGUUCACUCACCACCGGCCGUUGACCACCUUUACGACUAUCACUUCAGAAAGUCGCACGGGAUAGGACGUCCAAAAGCAUUUCUGUAGGGCAAUGGUGACCCAGUUGUGCCCAGGCAUCAAUGCACUUGAUUUCUCAGACGCCUGCGUACGCACCUCCCUUAGUGCGAUUGUACCCGCUGCGCUCGUUUUAGCGCUAUGUCUAUUCUCCAUACCCCGUAUUCCUGAAUUCGCUCGUCCACUUACUAACGCUAUUGAAUCGCCCUUCCGCAGUUUUUUGACCUUACGCGAGGCCGAAGCUCUAGACGCUCAAGGGGAAAAAACAGGCGACCUUGUCAUCGACAAUACUGUUCCUUUAUGGCGCACCGUACUACUCUCAUUUAUCGCUUUGGUCCAAGCUCUCGUUUGGUCUGCUGCCGGUGCAUACAACAUCCUCACGAAUAAGGACUAUAUUUGGCCGGGUAUCGCGCAACUUCUCAUUUCUGCCACUUGGAUAUAUGCCUCCUGCAAGCCUGUCUUCUGGCCAAAGCCAACUAUCCACUUCGAUCUCUUCGCCCUAUUUGUGCUACACUUCGUCUUUGGCACCAUUCUGAUUGGUGGUACUUUGUAUGAGUAUGAGGUUUUUGGUGUCCCAUUGCCUCAGCUCCCAUUAUUGGGCCUCAUUUCCAAUAUCAUCGCCAUUCUGGUGCUCGUGACUGUCGUAGGAAAUAUGCCCUUUGAGCUGCCGAGCAACCGUAUCAAGAAGGAAGAUAUUUAUGUUAAAUACUCGCCUGAAGAUUAUACCACUAUGUGGAAAUGGAUAACGUUCUCAUGGGUCUACCCACUCAUCACUCGCGGCUCGAACACGACCUUGAGCGAGGAUGACGUGUGGAACCUUAGUCCUACCCAGCAAUCCCGUCCGGUGUUCAUCAAGUUCAGCACCAUCAUUCGUUCUUCUCUCCUUCGCCGUCUGUGGGCCGCCAACUCGCAGGAUCUUAUACUGGAUUUCUGCCUGACUUAUGUUAGCGUCGUAUUCGCAUAUGCCUCACCAUUCCUUUUAAAGCGUAUCCUUGAUGCUAUCGAUGUAUCUACCACAGAGAACCGGUCCCAAGCAUAUAUAUACGCUUUCUUGGCCUUCUUGUGCACGUUGCUAAAGGCAGAAGCCGAUGUCCAACACCUGUGGUUCGGACGGCGAGCAGCGACAAGGAUGCGUGUAGAGCUGAUGGCUGCCAUCUAUGACAAAGCUCUUAAGCGUCAGGACUACUCAGGCAUUAUCGACAAGGACAAAGCCAAAGAGGCGGCAGACAAAAAAGCGGGAAUCAAGCCUGUUGAGAAUUCGACCUCGGAUGACCCCAAAGCUGGCGCGGAUGUUGGGAAGAUCGUCAAUUUGAUGGCUGUAGAUGCAAACAGGAUUGCCAUGAUGGUAUCUGGCGCAUAUUUCAUCUAUGGAGCUCCAUUUGAAAUUAUCAUUGCCACGACCUUCCUCUACAAUCUUCUGGGUCUGUCUGCAUUUGCGGGCUUUGUCGUACUUCUCGCCGGCUGGCCCCUGAACAGCUUUGUCACUAAACGCAGCGUUCGCAUUCAUAAGGGUGUCUCUGCUUCGCGAGACAAACGCAUGGCUGUCCUUAACGAGCUCAUCGGUGCUGUCAAGUUCAUCAAAUUCUUCGCGUGGGAGGACCGCUGGAUCAAACGUACUAUGGAUGCACGGGGGGUGGAGAUGAAUUGGAUGGUGAAGGCUCGGAUCAACUCAGUGUUGUUUUCCCUGAUCUGGACUUUUGCUCCUAUUUUAGUGUCGCUCAUAUCGUUCUUCACUUUCGUGUACCAAGGUAACCAGCUGACUGUGUCGGUUGCAUUCACGUCAAUCGCCCUUUUCAGCAUGAUUCGUCAGCCAUUGGGUGUUAUCCCAGCUUGGAUUGUUCAAAUACUACAGACUGGAGUUGCGUUAAAACGUAUCGAGAAAUACCUUGAGGAGGACGAAGUCGACGAGCAGGUGUCUUCCAUCAAGAAGGCUCGCGCACCCUAUGACAACGAAGAGGAUGACACUCUUUCAAUCGAGAAUGGAUUCUUCAAGUGGAAUGAGGUUCCCGAGACACCUGAGGAAAACUCAAAAGUGAAAGGCAAAAGCCACUCCCGUGCUAGUUCGAGCGACGAAGCUGCGACGGUCGUUGAUUCCGAAUCCGAGUCCAUCCGUUCGUCGCCCGAAGAUCAUAGAUUCGAGCUCAAGGAUAUUUCGAUACGGUUUCCUGAUGGUGAACUGUCUGUAAUUACUGGACCGACGGCGAGUGGCAAAACUGCCUUGCUCAUGGCACUGCUGGGCGAGAUGACUACCGUCAGCGGCAAAUUGACCAUUUCGAAGAAUACGUCGAAGAUCGACGAGAAUGGGCUGAUGCACUCAAUCUCAUACGCUGCUCAAUCACCAUGGCUGCGUCAUCAGUCCAUCAAAGACAACAUUCUAUUUGGGCAACCUUUUGACGAGGAGAGAUACAACGAUGUUAUCGAAUGCUGUGCGCUGCUGCCGGACUUGAAUAUGUUGGAGGAUGGAGACGAUACUGAGAUUGGCGCCAGGGGGGUCAGCUUGUCUGGUGGCCAAAAAGCUCGUGUUGCGCUUGCUCGCGCUGUGUAUGCUCGCACGAAGUAUGUCCUGUUGGAUGAUCCAUUGAGUGCUGUCGACAGUCACACUGCCCUGUUCUUGUACGAGAGACUCCUUCGCGGACCAUUGAUGGCAAACCGUACAGUGAUUUUAGUCACUCAUCACGUAGAGCUCGUGCUCCCUGGCACUUAUUACCUCGUCCGCAUGCUAGAUGGUCGCAUCGAUACCAAGGGUACUGUAAAGGAUCUUCGUGCGCAGGGCAUUCUGGACCACAUUGCGCAGGAUUCCGCUGCAGAAGUCCAAGAAGAGGAGCCUGUAGCGGCCACUGAGACCCCUGUUGAAGCGCAGGAGGACAAUGCUGGGGCAGACACACCCGCAGAACCAAAGAAAAAGCCUCGGAAGCUCAUUAAGGACGAACACCGGGAGGCUGGAGGUGUCAAGUGGUCGAUUUAUAAUGCGUACUUGCAGGCAUCGUCGUACUGGACGUGGUUUAUGCUCGGGAUUCUCAUUGUUUGUUCGCAGAGCUUAGGUGUUAUUGAGAAGCUCUGGGUUCGGAAAUGGGGUCAGGCAUAUGACGAUGACUCCCAGUUAGCUCCAUACAUCAUGGCAUCCUCAGUAUUGAUCGAGAAUGAGGCGCUGAUGAACGGCUACGUGCCCUACCAUGACUCUCAAUACUACUCGAACAGCUACUUCCAUGUCAAUUCCUCUGCCUUCAGCCCUAUCACGUUGCCUGACGUCCAUGAACACCCGCUAUUUUACGUUGGUAUCUACGGGCUGAUCGGCUUCGCCACCGCGGCAGUCAGUGUGUUGUCGACUGCUAUUCAAUACAACGGAGCAUUGAAAGCGUCGAGGUCUAUUUUCCGCAAGCUAUUGACGGGUGUUGUGCGCGCCACGAUGCGCUGGCAUGAUGUCACCCCGGCUGGCCGCAUGCUCAAUAGAUUCGGCAAAGAUAUCGAAACCAUUGACAGUAAUCUUGCGGGCUCGCUAUCAACUGUCAACUCUUCAUUGGCGACAUUCGCGGCUGCGAUUAUCACUGUUGUUAUUUUCUUCCCGAUUUUCCUUAUCCCUGCUGUGGUCAUAGGUUUCUUCUAUCGCAUGCUAGCUCUUGGGUAUCUCAAGACUGGCAGAGAUCUUCGCCGUAUGGAGUCUAAUUCCCGGUCGCCUAUCUUCUCUGGCUUUGGCGAGUUACUGGAAGGAAUUGUUACAGUUCGGGCUUUCUCUGCUGAACAGCGCUUUUUGGACGAUCUACACGACAAAAUCGACGUUACCACCAAGAUGUGGUACAAUUUCUGGAUGACAAAUAGAUGGCUCUUGUUGAACUUUGAUGCGCUCGGUGGGUUGGCUGUGUUGGUCACCACUCUCCUUGCGCUAUCAGGCUAUGUCACAGCUGGUACCGCGGGUGUGUGUAUCACCAGUGCCAUGACCUUUACUACAAGUGUUUAUUGGGCCUGUCGGUUCUGGACCGCACUUGAACUUGAUCUAAACUCCGUCGAGCGUGUUGUAGAAUAUCUCGACUUGCCGCAAGAGCCUCCCGCCAUCAUCGAGUCUAGUCGUCCUCCUGCUUAUUGGCCUUCUAGCUCGACGAAGGAAGGGUUGCUAACUGUCGAGGACCUGGUCAUCAAAUAUGCACCUGAGCUCCCUCCUGUCUUGCAUGACGUUUCCUUUACUCUGAAUGCGAAGGAGCGAGUUGGGCUUUUGGGGCGCACAGGUAGUGGAAAGUCAACUUUGGCGAUGAGUGUUCUUCGCUUUGUUGAUCCUGUCAGUGGUCGUAUCCUGAUUGACGGGAUCGAUAUCUCUACUAUUGGUGUCCAUGAUCUUCGCUCUCGUUUGACUUUCAUUCCUCAGGAUGCAACUCUGUUCUCGGGCACAUUGAGGGAUAACCUUGAUCCGUUCAAUGAGCAUGAAGAUAGCGAAUGUUUGGACGUGCUGUACCGCGUACAAAUGCUCAGUCAAAGUGCUUACGAAUCUCAACAUACCUCCCGUGCACCAUCUCGUGCAUCCACGUCUGACGAUGUCGCCUCUUCUGCUGCGUCGACGGCUGUCACUGACAUAGACUCCAAGACGACCAUCACACUCGAUACCCAGGUGUCUGCAGGCGGGACGAACUUUUCGCAGGGUCAACGGCAACUCAUCGCGAUGGCACGCGCACUGCUUAGGCGGAGCUCGAUUAUUGUGCUUGAUGAGGCAACAAGCAGCAUUGAUUUUAAUACCGACGCCAAAAUCCAGGCGACAAUCAGGGAGGAGUUCACGGAUUCCUUAUUGCUCACCGUCGCGCACAGAUUACGCACCGUGAUUGAUUACGACCGUCUUAUUGUGCUCGAUGCAGGAAAGAUUGCGGAGUUCGACACACCUUUGAAUCUGAUUCAGAAGGAAGAGGGCAUCUUCCGGACGAUGUGCCUCAAGAGUGGCACUUUUGCUGAGCUUGAAGCGGCUGCCAAAGCCAAGGCUGAACGCGAUGCAGGGAAGGCUGGGGCAUGAUAGAGUACUUGAUUGAGUGGCUCACGAGUUGAUUUACUUAUUUUGUAUGCAAAACGACUUUAUCUUGAGCUCAAGGACGUGCCAUUAAGGAGUUAUAAGAUUACUAAUUGGUGAUUUGAACGUCCGCCACUGCGG